CAAGAAGGCACAAAGCUCUCCUCCAUUUGCAAACUCUCUUUUAAAUAACCAUAACAAGAAGGCACAAAGCUCUCCUCCAUUUACAAACUCUCUCUCUCUCUCUCUCUAUUAAGAACAUUGAAAGCAUAAACCUCUUGUUUCUCUGAAUGACCAACCCUAUUUCUUUACCCCUCUACGAACGAGUCGCUCGGAAAAACAACAUAGCUCGAGCUGUCGAACUCAUUAUCCUCUUCCUCCUCCUCUCUCUCUUAGUUUAUCGUCUCCUCUCUUUAAAAGAUCAUGGACUCAAUCAUGGACUCAGUUGGCUCUUAGCGUUUUUGUGCGAGUCAUGCUUCACUUUCAUCUGGCUUCUCACUGUCAGCACUAAAUGGAACCAAGUUGACUACAAAACAUACCCUCAAAAUCUCUUGCAAUGGAAGCCUGAGCUACCUUCAGUAGACAUAUUUGUUACAACAGCAGACCCUAUUCUGGAACCACCUAUCCUGACAGUGAACACGGUGCUAUCCUUGUUAGCAGUAGAUUACCCAGCUGAUAAGUUGGCUUGCUAUGUCUCUGACGAUGGAUGUUCCCCUCUCACCUUCUACUCUCUUCUGGAAGCUUCUAAAUUCGCCCAGCUAUGGGUUCCUUUCUGUAAAAAAUAUUCAAUUCAAGUCAGAGCUCCCUUUCGAUUCUUCUCUUGUGAGCCUGUUUCAUCUCAGGAUGUUUCACCCCAGUUCCAACAAGAUUGGAAAAAGAUUAAGGAUGAAUAUGAACAACUUAGCCAAAAAAUAGAAGAUGCAUCCAAAAGGGACAUGCCUUGUCAACUUAGUGGGAACUUCGCUGAUUUUGCUAAUGUACAACGCAAAAACCAUGCUUCUAUCAUUAAGGUCAUAUGGGAGAACAAGAAAGGCAUUGCAAAUGGAGUGCCUCAUUUAAUCUAUAUAUCCAGAGAUAAACAUCCAAAGCAUUCUCAUCAUUUCAAAGCUGGUGCUAUGAAUGUUCUGGGAAGAGUAUCAGGAGUGAUGACAAAUGCUCCAUUGAUGCUGAAUGUGGACUGUGAUAUGUAUGUCAACAAUCCCCAAAUGGUUCUGCACGCAAUGUGUUUGUUUUUGGGUGCCAACAACAACGAAAGGGACACCGCAUUUGUUCAGUUUCCCCAAAUCUACUAUGAUGGAUUGAAGGACGACCCUUUUGGAAAUCAGUUUGUGGUUUUACAAGAAUGUGUAAUAAGUGGAAUAGUAGGGAUUCAAGGACCAAACUAUUCAGGAACAGGAUGUUUUCAUAGACGAAAAGUUAUUUAUGGCUUAUCACCAGAUGACAAAGAUAUUAUUAAUGGGAAAUUAAGCAAUGAGGCUUUACAAGAAAUCUUUGGAAGAUCAAUGGAACUCACAAAAUCAGCGGCUCAGAUUUUAUCAUCAGGCUUGAAGACUGCUAGUUCACAACAACCACAGCCACAUGAUCUGUCAAAUUCCAUUGAUGCAGCCUACCAAGUUGCUGGCUGCAGCUAUGAGUAUGGUACCCGAUGGGGUAGAGAGGUUGGUUUGAUUUAUGGAUCUACAUCAGAAGAUAUGCUCACAGGACUCACUAUCCAUGGGAGGGGCUGGAGAUCAGCCUAUUGUUCACCUGACCCACCUGCAUUUCUAGGCUGUGCACCCUCUAGUGGGCCGGUAUCGUUGAUCCAAAAGAAGAGGUGGGCCACUGGCCUCCUUGAAAUCUUCUUCAGCCCAAAAAGCCCACUCAUUCUUACCCUCAAAGGGAGCCUCCAGUUUCGCCAAUCCCUCGCCUACAUGUGGAUUUUACUGUGGGGACUACGUUCCUUACCUGAGCUGUGUUACGCUAUUCUGCCAGCCUAUUGUAUCAACACUAACUCACGCUUCUUGCCCAAGGUCGGAGACCCAGCCUUACAGAUACCUGUAGACCUUUUUAUCAUAUACAACCUCUACACCCUGUGGGAGUACCUUCGAACCGGCCUCUCAACCAGGGCAUGGUGGAACAAUCAAAGAAUGUUGAGAGUAACAGCCAUGAGUGCAUGGUUGCUCGGAACUUUCAGUGUUAUACUGAAGCUCUUAGGACUAUCAGACACAGUGUUUGAAGUAACCCAAAAGGACCAGUCAACUGGCAAUGACGACAACGAAGCUAAUGCCGGAAGGUUCACAUUCGACGAGUCCCCAAUUUUCAUACCCGGCACCACUGUUUUGUUGGUGAAUUUGACAGCGUUGGCCGUCAGAUUGUUAGGGUUCCGAUUGGUGGCUAGCAGUGGAGAUGGGUCAGGGGUAGGGGAGGUCAUGUGUAGUGUGUAUGUAGUGUUGUGCUUCUGGUCAUAUUUGAAAGGGCUAUUCGGGAAAGGGAAGUACAGGAUUCCCUUAUCCACCAUAUUCAAGUCAGGGGCCUUGGUAUUAUUGUUUGUGCACUUGUGUAAAUGGACCUCAAUGGGUUGAGCUUUAAGAAGGAAUUGAGUCUUGAAUGAAACUUACUGUUACCAUCCAUUUAUCUAAUGAAAUUAUUGUUUUGCCCUUAAAAAUUAUAAGACGGGCUUUGUAGAACUGCA